GUAUUCUUGUGACGCUGUUGGUCGGCUGCCUACUAAUAGUGGAAGCCAUGUCCAUACCACACAAUGUGAAAAGGGAAGCACAGCAGUCCCUCGAAUAUGACUUGUCUGAUGUUCAACGAAGACAUGGAUGAACAUGGCUGUCUACAGUCUGCCACCGAAAGAAGUGUCAAAGAUAUAUGGAUUUUCUUUCGGCUCGUGUGGAAAUAAAAGAGAACAGCAGUAGAUGGAGUAA